AUUGGCUCAAGGGGGCGAUUCGUUCAAAAAGGUGAAGAACCACUGCUCCAGAUUGUAGGUCUCCCCCCCAGCUUGCCAGUUUAACUUGGGCGUACUUUAAGGGUUCGAGGCUAAACAAGAGCUGAUAGCUGCGCUUUGAUUAGACCGUUGAUUACAAGAUAAUCCCGUGAAUAUUUCAUGCUGAAGCGAGCAGGCCAGCAGGAGGGUAACACGAGAAAACCUAGGCGUUGCCUGAUAGAAAAACUCGUCUCUCUUCUCUCCUGCUAAAUAGCAGUGUCCGGUGUUGGGGCUAAACGGUGGCUGUCACUGCCCAGAUAAGAAGAUGGGAUUUGUCAUCUAAUCCUGGCUGGCAGAAAACGGCUGCUGGCUUUGGAGUAGUGGUGGUGGAAGCAAGGGAGAGAAGACUUCUUGUCCUGGAUUUUUGUUAUUUCCUUUUCCUCCUCCUUCGGCCAGUGGCUUUGGGUGGUCUACCAAGAGCAGCUGGUGCCCCAGCUGGAUAUGUCUCAGGUCACACCAGAGCUGGGCUAUUUGGAUGCUGCCUGGGGUGGCCAUAAUUGAAACAGGAGCUCUGGGCAAGCAGAUUUGGAGGUAUCUUUCUUCCCCGGGUGUUGGAAACCAUGGCACCUGCCUGUUCAUGACCGGAAAGCGGAAGACACACAGACGAAGUUCAUGCAGGCAGCACAGCGGUGUCUUCUUCACCUGGGAGCAAUUUUCACUUCAGAUCUUUGCUGAGCUAUGGAAGCUGAAGCCUACGAUUUUCCUUUAACUCCCUCACCUACUCUCCGUAAAAAAGCCACCAGGACCUCAGUGUCAAAAGAAAGCAAAAAAUAUCUCACCGUCCCUCAAGGCUAUCCCUUUAUGCAUGUUGACCAAGUCAAUGGGAUAUCAGGACCAACUAAACACAGGAAAACCUGGAAAACGUCUGUGAUUAACAACUAUCUGGAUGGGGCUCAGACUGGGGUCUCAGAAAGCCCAUCGCCGUCACCUGGAGGGAUGCAUUUCCGAGACAGCAAGAGAAAAGUGGACUACGUCUUAGUUUACCACUACCGGAAACAUUUCUCAGAUCAUGGCGGUGACUGUCAAGGCCCCUUACAUAGGCCGGGGUCCUUGGCUAUUAUUUCUAACGGGGAGACCGCCAAAAGCCAGCAGAAACAUCAGGAAGGUUCUACUCCAGAAGCCCAAGUCAUUGACGUUGCUCCACAGGAUGCUUUGGAGGUGGCAAAACAGGAGCAGAGGGAGGAGUUUGAACGCAACCUGGCGGAAGCUGGUCUGGAGUUAGAAAAGGACGUGGAGGAUAAGAGUCAAGGAUUGAGUUUUGUCCGAAUACACGCACCAUGGAAUGUACUGAGCCGAGAAGCAGAAAUUCUGAAAAUCAAAAUGCCCACUAAAAGAACUUAUGAAAUCAAAGAAGAAGGAGGAAUUGUCAAGAAGCUGUCGUGCAUGUGGCAGAAAUGUACAGAGCCACUGCAGCCUAAAGUGCCACAGCAAAACACCACUAAGAUGAAAAAUUUAUCUUAUCCCUUUUCCAGAGAAAAAGUAUAUUUGUACAACAUUCAAGAUAAAGAUACGUUUUUUGACAAUGGCACCCGCAGUCGAAUUGUACAUGAAAUUUUGAAGCGCACCUAUAGUUCAAAAGCCAAAAACAGCAUGGGUAUUAACACAUUAAUAGCAAAUAAUGUUUAUGAAGCAGCUUAUCCUCUACAUGACGGUGAAUAUGAAGGUGAUAGCAAGGAAAUGAACGAAAGGAAGCUGUUAUAUCAAGAGUGGGCAAGAUACGGAGCGUUAUACAAGUUUCAGCCUAUUGACCUCAUCAGAAAGUAUUUUGGAGAAAAAAUCGGGAUGUAUUUCGCCUGGCUGGGCUUAUAUACAAAAUUCCUCAUUCCCUCCUCCGUUGUCGGGGUUAUCGUGUUUCUGUACGGGUGCCUGACCAUUGAAGAAGAUCUUCCAAGCAAGGAGAUGUGCGACCAACGCAAUGCCUUCACCAUGUGCCCUUUGUGCGACAAGACGUGUGACUACUGGAACCUCAGCACGGCUUGUGGGACCGCACGUGCCAGCCACUUGUUUGAUAAUCCGGCCACCGUCUUCUUCUCCGUUUUCAUGGCCCUCUGGGCCACGAUGUUUCUUGAAAACUGGAAGCGUUUGCAGAUGCGGUUGUGUUACUUCUGGGACCUCACCGGCUUGGAGGAGGAAGAAGAACACCCCAGGCCAGAAUACGAAACCAGAUUAUUACAGAAGAAAGACAGAACUGAAAAUACCAAAAUCGUGAGUCAGGAUGAGGAGGAAGAGGAAAAACUCACCUGGAGAGACCGCACCCCUGGCUAUCUAGUGAACUGUGCUUCCAUCUUGUUCAUGAUUUCAUUGACUUUUUCCAUAGUCUUUGGCGUAAUUGCCUACCGGAUAACCUUAGCAGCUGCACUCUCCAUGAGCACCAACGGGUCAUCCAAGUCCAACGUGCGAGUCACAGUGACAGCGACCGCCGUCAUCAUAAACCUCGUGGUGAUUCUAAUCCUGGAUGAGAUUUAUGGAGUCGUUGCCAAAAAGUUGACCGAAAUGGAGGUACCCAAAACAGAAAAAACGUUUGAGGAGAGGUUGAUUCUGAAAGCUUUCCUGCUGAAAUUUGUAAAUUCUUACGCACCCAUUUUUUACGUGGCUUUUUUUAAGGGAAGGUUCGUGGGCCGCCCUGGCCAGUACGUCUACAUGUUUGCCGGUUACCGAAUGGAAGAGUGUGCUCCUGGGGGAUGCUUGAUGGAACUUUGCAUCCAGCUCAGCAUCAUCAUGUUGGGGAAGCAGCUGAUUCAGAACAAUAUCUUUGAAAUAGGCGUCCCGAAAUUAAAGAAACUCUUCCGUAAACUGAAAGAGGAGAGGCCGCAGAAGAAGGAAAGCCAUUCAGAUCCGACUAAGCAGCCUCAGCAGUGGGAGCUGGACUACGUCUUGGAACCCUUCACAGGCCUGACCCCGGAAUACAUGGAAAUGAUCAUCCAAUUCGGCUUCGUGACUCUCUUUGUGGCCUCCUUUCCUCUGGCUCCAGUGUUUGCCUUGUUGAACAACGUCAUUGAAGUUCGGCUUGAUGCCAAAAAGUUUGUGGCUGAACUAAGAAGACCCGAUACUGUGAGAGCAAAGGAUAUAGGAAUUUGGUUCAAUAUUCUGAGUGGCAUUGGAAAAUUUUCAGUCAUAAUUAAUGCCUUUGUUAUUUCAGUCACUUCGGAUUUCAUCCCACGCCUGGUCUACCAAUACGCGUACAGUCACAACGGGUCAAUGCACGGCUUCAUCAAUCACACCCUGUCAUACUUCAACGUCAGCGACUUUAAGGCUGGAACCCAACCAGAAAACUCGCCCUUUGAAGAGGAGGUUUCCUUCUGCAGGUUUAAGGAUUACAGGGAGCCACCGUGGGCUGAAAGCCCUUAUGAAUUCUCUAAGCAGUAUUGGUCUGUUCUGUCUGCCCGUCUGGCAUUUGUCAUUAUCUUUCAGAAUCUGGUGAUGUUCCUCAGUGUGCUGGUGGACUGGCUGAUCCCAGAUAUUCCCAAGGACAUCAGUGAGCAGAUCAAGAAGGAGAAGAGCGUGCUGGUGGAUUUCUUCUUGAAGGAAGAACACUCGAAACUGAAAUUGAUAGAAAACUUUAUCACCCGGGACAAGCAAAGGAGUUGGAGUGAAACAAGAAGGAAGAGGAGUCGGGCGGCCAGUUUUUCCCAGUUCCACCGAAGUCGCCGGGGCAGUUUUACGUCUCUUAGUUCGAGACACAGCGAUGUAUGAUCUGUAUUCGAACCGCAAAGAGCCUGGCUGCAUACUUAUUUGGUUCCUCCAAGGAACGAUCAGAGCUGUAGCAAAUGUCAACCAUCCCAGUUGGCGCAUUCUAAAAAAGGAUCUCCUGGUCACCAAGAGUAAAAUUUUAUUGAAAGAUCCAUUUAGGGACAGCAGUUCUGAGGUUUUCCCGCAAACACCGACAUAAGUUUAAAAGCCCUUUUUCUCCUCUGGGCCACCCACCGUUUCAUUGCCCACCAAAUACACUCCGCUCUUUUGUUUUGGGGAAACAAUCUGUGCCGUUUAAACCAUUGAGGGACUUGAACUUGGGGGGCUCUCAUCCAUUCCUUAGCCCUCUCCUCUCCCUAGGAAUUUACCAAACCCCUCUCCCGUUUCUGUUUGGCAAACUGCAAGGCAAAAUCAAGUGCAGGCAAUGGUGUAGCCGAGUCAGCUUUGACAGUAACACAAAGGGAGUUCAGGGGUUUUUAGCAGAAGGUCCUCAUUGCUCAGCCGAGGAAGUGGUGACCACUGUGCUUGCUAUAAAGCCCUUAGCAGAGCUACGACUAAGAGAAAGAACUGUCCUUAGGAACGAAAUCUCGUCCACCAUGGUACCUCUCGCGCGAUCUCACCUUGGUGGCUGGAAGGAAGAGCUCUGAUAGAGGUCUAGAACAGCAGACGUGCUUUUCAGAGCCAUCUCUGGGUUACAAGCAUCCAUGGUUCUGAU